AUGUCAAAUAACUUCAACCAGAAGAAUACUUCUUUAGAAAGUAUACCUUCUCAAGAGGACUUAUCAUCCUCAUCAUCCUCAUCCUCAUCUUCCUCAAAUAUACCAAAACUUACUACUCCAACCUCAACUCCCGUAAAUAGUACUAUUGGUUUAUCAACUUUCCCAACCAUUCAUAAAAAUGUUUCAACUUCAAGUAUAAUCUUGAACAAUAGUAAUAAUCAUCAUCAAGGUAUUAACUUACACUUACCUCCAACCUCAACUCCAUCUCAUUCUCAAAGAAGAUACACAGCAGUAUCUUUUCAUCAUCCCGAUACCACCUCUACCACCACUAAUCCUUCAUCUACAAAACCAAAUUUAAAUAGAUCAAGAUCAGUAUCAACUUCUCAUUUCCCUAUACCUCCUCAAUCAGUUGAAUUAAAUACUUUAUCCCAAUCAUCCCAAAUCCCCAUCGUCAUACCCACCAGAAAUCAUUCCAACUCCAUAAACUCAAUCACAUCCAUAGAUUCUGUAAAUUCAGUAACAUUAAACAAUUUAAUCAAUCAAGAUACUAACCAUAAUUCCUCCAACCCAUAUUACGCAUAUUAUUAUAAUAAUCUCAAACCUCAAACCAGUAACAAUAACAAGAAAUAUGGGAAAGUCAAAUUAAUGGAAGAUAUCGAUAUUGAAAAACAAUUGAUCAUAAGUGCUGGUGGUAAGAAGGAAUAUGUUAUUGGUUAUAUUUUAAAACUUUUAUUCCUUAUGUUGCUUGUGUUUGGAUCGUCUGUUUUGAUCUUUUAUGCAUUAUAA